AUGGAGGUGGAGGAGGAGGGAAGACGCUCUCCGCACAAUCGUGGGGAUCCGUGUGUUCCCGAGAGCUUCUUUGAUUGCGUUACUAUUGCGUUGCGCGGCGACCUCGAGCAUGGGCGGGACAGGCGUCUUCAACUGGCGGACCCUGUCUUGAAGCAUCGAGCUGAGUUUGCCUUUGCUUAG